CACCUCCUAAACACAUCCUGGACCCUCCACCGCCUCUCCCCCCUGCACCACGGCAAGGAAUUCCAAACCCUCCUUGACAACCCUACAGCCCUCAAUACUUAUGCAGCACGUCUACGAGAUCAGUUAACAGGGGAUGUUCUUUCUGGUUUACAAACCGGUCUUGGUGGCGGCGUCGCAGAAGACGAUACGGUAUCUAAAACAGGUGCGCUGAGAGCAUGUACUUGGGAAGCGAUACCGCAAUUCGACGAUACCUUUACAUCCUCAGCACAAGCACAAGGACAAGGACAAACGGGCAUCCUAAUCACCCUCUCAUACGAAACCACAACAUACAAAGCCGCCCUCCUCACCACCCCAGACACCCAACCCCAAAACCCCCGCAAAGGCGUAACCCCCCUCCCCCUCCUCCUAACCCGCCUCCCCACACCCCUCCGCCAAACUCUCCUCACUUUCCUCUCCACAGCCUUCGACACAUACCCCUCCCCGCUCCGUCUUCCCGCACCAUUCAUGUGCAACGCGCUAGACACCUACGUGAUCACGUUCCUGUCCAGCGGCGCGCACGACGCGGCUGAUAUCCUGGAGGAUGUUGUGCGGGAUGUACAGCUUACGUUGGCGUUUUCGGGGAGCGUGGCACCAAGUUUGAAGAGUUUGGGGGUGGGCGUGCCGAGGGGGAUGGUUGGGGGGUUUCUUCGUAGGAGUGGUGAUGGGGAAGGGUUUUUGGGGAGGGUUGAGGGGUAUUUGGAAGCGCAUUUGGCGAUGAAGUUGGAUUUGAGUACUACUGGGAAUGGGAAUGGUUUGGCGAAGCAGCAUGUGCGGGUGUCGAAGAUUGCGUGUGGAGGGUUUGUUAUUGGGAGUGAGGGGCGGAUGAAGUUGAGUGCUGAUUUGAGACGGCAAGAUGAUGACACUGGGGAUGGGGAUGGGGAUGGUGGUCAGAGUUCGCAAGUGCUGAGUGAGAAGGAGAAACUUGAGUUGAGGGCGAGUCAUGUGUUGCUUUUGGGGGUUUUGCGCAGGGCU